CUCAAAUCAACGCUGAUGGCCCAACAACGCUUACCAAAGCCAAGACCUACACAAGAGAGUGUGGUGACAGUUCGGGGACAGGAUUUGCCUCAGUCCCUAUGGUCACAGAAAGACGUUCAGGAAGCAUGUUUGAUGCGCUAUUUCGUAGACGAACUUGCACAAUGGUUUGAUACAUGUGAUCCCUCCAAGCAAUUUGCCAAGGUAGUUCCUCAACGGGCAGCAAAUUGUCCUGCGCUCCUAUAUGCGAUCUUUUCCGCUUCCGCAAGACACCUCAGCCGAAGUCAGCAUACACGGACCAGUGAGGUAUUGUGCUUGGGGAAGAAGUUACCUUUUCUUGGGGAUGAUGCUGCGCUAGAAUACCAAAGCCUGUGUAUAUCACAUCUCAUGAGUUUGUCUGGGAAUCCUGCCGAAGUGGCAGAUGAGAAUCUGCUGGCGGCGGCGGUAAUUCUGCGCUUCUAUGAAGAGGUAGAUUCGCCCCUUGUAGGAGUUGACGAUGAAACUUACUUGCGAGGAGUGCAAGUAUUCCUGGACGCCCAGGGCGCAGCCGCAGUGAGAAACGGUGGCCUCCGACUGGCUGCAUUCUGGGUAGGCAUACGCCAGGAAUUUCACACUUCGUUCAUCAAACAGCGUAUCUUCCAAUUUGACCUCAGUUGCUGUGAUCACUCGACUUAUAGGUUACUCGACCAAGCAGAUGACCCUACGUGGGCCAAUCGAGUCAUUUUGCACUGUGCCCACACGCUGAUGUAUUGUUACGAUGAGAGGAGCCAUACAAUAAAAGAAUAUGAACAGCUCUGGGAUUAUAUUCAAGGGUGGAACCGAAUGGCACCACCGACAUUCAACCCGAUUUAUUUUCGACCGCCGGAUAGGUCGAAGGGCGAAGUGUUUCCAGAGCUAUGGUUCUUGGAUGAUUGCAUCGUAACUGCCAUUCAACACUGGCACCUUGCGAGGAUUCUACUUACUGCAUUCGAUCCCAGAGUCCCCCGUCUAGGACCUGGUAGGCGAGCAGCAGUCGGUCGAAGAGAGGCUGAAAUCAAAGAAAGCAUGUUUAUACUAUGUGGCAUUGCUCGGUCAAACAAGACAGCUCCUGCCCUUAUUACAGCAUGCAUGGGAGUUUCGAUGUGUGGAGAUCGAGUAACGGAUCGUUUGGAGCAAGAAGCACUACUCGGCAUCUUAACCAUAACCGAAGAGACCCAUGCAUUAUCAACUACCAAGGCACAGAUACAGCUUCGAGCGGCUUGGGGCUGGACUAAUUCCGACGGAUAAUUAGCAUAGCUUGGUGUAGAUAUAUAUAUAAGACGCCUACCCAGAUCAUCACGAGAGUACAGGUGUAUGGUAGACCAAAAGCCAUUGACAUUGUAGUUGAUAAUAUAGCAACGGAGGUGCUGGUACUAAG